AGUCAAUUGUGGGCCUCCAAAGUCGACGGAUGAGCCACGAAUAAGACAUUCCCCAAGUGCUUCGUUCUCUUCGGUUAUUAGGUGCUAAAGUGCGAUUUUUGUGAUUUUGUCUCCUAAUCUAUUGACACUAUCAAUUACUCUGCUACAUCCGUGAGCAUUAUAGGUGCAAUUUUUUUCUCGCUCUAUCAAUAGGACAAGACAGAGAAUUUAUUUGUUCAGAGAGAAGAUUCACAUAAUUUUUUUAAAGAAUAAAUUUAUGGUGAAUUUUUUUAGAGGAAAAAAAAACAAACAUUGCGCGGGAAUUAUGAAAAGUGAAAAUUGGUGAUCUUUUUUUUGGGUGAUCGUGAUCGCGAGAAGGCUCUUUUUGUGUGUAUUUAUUGCGAAGAAGAAGAAAUAGGAAAAAAAAACUGUGAAGUGACAAACGAAAAUGCCUUUGAAGAUUUUCUUGGUCUUCUGUGGAAUCUUCCUCAGCUCCAAUUUUGCCACAGAUCCUCCGAUUCAGCCCUCAGCUACGACUCUGUACACAAACUCAAGCGUCAAUUGGUCCUUUGUGUCCCUCAAUAAGAGCUUCUGGGGUGCCAACAUCCCCCGCAGUGGGGGUGUCGUCUUCGGGGUGAAACCCUCAAAGGGAUGGCAGAGGCACUCGGACAAGAAUACACUACCACCAGUCAAUGAGGAGGAUCCCGACAGUGUCCACGAGGAUGGUUUACUGAAAGCUCUGGGAAGUCGCUAUGGUGCCCUUGGGAUGCCCUUCAACCCCGCAAGGAGUGCAGCUGUUUCGCAAAAGUGUCGCCAACAGACGGCUAAGUACUUCAGUGGGCUCAAGAACUUCGACAUGUGGGCCAUUAGAAUGCUCGACAGUUCAGCUAAACUUCCCUCAGGACUCCUCAAUGGCAAUGUCAAUCAAUUGGGGGACUUUGAUCAGUGCCUGGACGUUUUGGAUGUAGCUGAGAAAAUCCGUGGGCAGUACUGCUUGGCCUCGUUGCAGCCCGAAGUUCCGGACAAGUAUGUGCGCAUGAAGUUCCUGCAUCAGCUUCUUCAGUCCCACAGCGCCUUCCGAAGUGAAUUCAACGACCCUGGUCACAGAGUUCCCAGAUUUUCAACCAUAAACUGGGCUCUCUGUGUUCCAUCCGGAUGCUCCCAUACGGACAUCGAACUGUCCCUUCUGGAGUACGCUAAGGAGUUUACAGCAGCUACGAAAAUUGAUCUUAAGGUCCGCAUCGACAAGGAAAUGUGCCAAACAAAGCAGACACUUCCUAGAAUUGAUCAGAGCACCCUAAUUGCUGGUGGAGUCUUCCUGGUAGUCCUACUCUUAGCAGCUCUGAUGACUCUUUACGACUUUAAGUCAACAAGCGAGAAUAAAAACGAAUGGUUCCUAACUUUCUCCCUGCGAAAAAACACUCAAUCCUUAUUCAGCUUCACAAGAGAUUCAAAUGACAUUGCCAGCGUCCACGGGAUCCGUUUCUUCAAUGCAGUUAUGCUCAUAAUUGCUCACAAGUCCAUGGCUCUCUUCUUUGGACCAUAUUCGAACAGAACAGAGAUGUCAGAGUACUUAGGACAACCGUGGACGGUUAUAGGAAGAGCAGCUAGCUUGUAUACUGAUCCCUUCAUCAUGCUGAGUGGCCUUCUAACAACAUACUCCCUCUAUGGGCGUCUUCAGAGAGGUCAACCCAUCAGAGUUGUUCAGGAGUACGCUGGACGUUUCUUGAGGCUUGUUCCCACACUCGGAGCUCUUAUUCUCUUCUGCACAUUUAUCCUCCCGCUUUUGGGAACAGGACCUCAAUGGAAUCUCGUGAUAACGACGCACGCGGAUAUCUGCAAAACCACCUGGUGGAGGAAUCUUCUCUUCAUUCACAAUUACUUUGGCUUCGAGAACAUGUGCUUAACCCACACACAUCAUGUUGGAAUAGACACACAGCUCUUCAUCUUGUCGCCUCUGAUAGCCGUUGGGCUAUUCAAAUGGCCCAGAAAGACUCUCAUGACAAUCUUGGCUAUUGCCGGAAUAUCAACUGCUGCCAGAUACCAUGUUACUGUUACAAGAAGACUUGCGAACUACAUCUUCUUCGGGACAUCGAUCUCCCAACUUUUUGACACUGCCAACUACAUGUACAUCCUCCCAGCACAUAGGGCCACUGUCUACGCCAUGGGAGUCUUGCUGGGCUAUGUCCUACGCCGUUACAGGGAUCUAACACUCACACCGACACAGCUAAAAGUUGGCUGGUACAUCAACACAGCCCUCAUGCUGGUGGCCUUCUUCGGACCCGCUCCAAUGGGUAGCAUAGGCUAUGAGUACAAUGCAACGCAUGCAGCGCACUAUGCAGCAUUUGCACCAAUUGCAUGGUGCAGCUUCUUCGCGUGGAUCAUCUUCACAUCCCACCUUGGGUAUGAAUCUCUGCUGAGUCGGCUUCUCUCCUGGGAAGGCUUCCUAGUCACGACGCGCCUCUCCUAUGCCAUCUAUCUCACACAGUUUCCAGUCUUCUUCUACAACGUCGGACGUACACGUACCCCUGAGCGGUAUGAAUUCAUCCCCUCGACGUUGAGAUUUAAUGAAUUCCUGUGGAUUGCUCUCACCUCCAUUGCUCUAACAUUGCUCUUUGACACACCAUUUGGAAAUAUAAAAAAGCUCCUAUUUAGGGCACCAUCGAGACGAAGAGGGAGCGCAGUUCCGGAUAAAAAUCAACAGGAAAAGAAGGAAAUUGUCUACAGUACGAAUGUUAUUAAAUCUCUCCUAGAUUGAGGCGAGAACAAAACCCAAAAAUUAUUUAUAAGCUGACGUUGCAAAUUGUGACGAAAUUUAACAAAUUUUGUAUGCAAAAUAUACUAAAAUAUUG